CUUCAAAAACUUUUCUCCAGCUGUCUUUAUUCCAAACCACAUUCGUGUCAGACUCGUCGUCCUCUUCACUGUUGCAUAUUCCUUUCUUUUUUGUCGUUAUAUUCGUUAUCGACGAUGCCUUUUGCUCCUGGUGACGUUUCCAAGGGUGCUGGUCUCUUCAAGACACGGUGCGCUCAGUGCCAUACUGUUGCAGCCGGCGAGGCUCACAAAGUUGGUCCCAACUUGCACGGAAUUUUCGGUCGCAAGUCUGGACAGGCGGAUGGAUACUCGUACACUGCCGCCAACGUGAACAAAGGCGUUGAGUGGAAUGAGCAGACACUCUUCGAAUACCUCGAAAACCCCAAAAAGUACAUUCCUGGAACCAAGAUGGCCUUCGCUGGUUUGAAGAAGGAUAAAGACAGGAACGACCUUGUCUCAUACCUUAAGGAAUCUGUACGUUUCUCGCGCAUCGUCAGCGACAUCGCCCAACUCACUUUACGGCAUGCAGUGUGCAUAGAUGGCUACGACUAUAUUAUGAUGGGCUUGACUAUUAUAUGCCCUAAUGACAUUCCGAUAUUCAUUGGAUAUACUCUGCCCGUUGUCUGGUCUUAUUUUAUAUGUAGAUGACCAUAACAAUGUCUGGUAUCUGGUCACCAUCAACCCCCCUCAUCCGCAAUACAUUUGUUAUCGCUUAUGCAUAUACAGUGUCAGACUGAAAGCGGGUAUUGCUCAC